AUGAGCUACGGCGGGUAUAGCCCCUACAGCGACAAUGGCGGCGGCGGCGGCCGUGGCGGUGGGUACGGGUCAGAUCCCUUUGAUGACCGAAACGCUCUGCAGUAUGGAGGUGGGAAUCAUGAGCUGUCAUCUUUUGGCCAAGGGAACUCGCCUCGGGCCCCGGGUUACGGAAAUUCGCCGCAGCAGGGCUAUGGGUCCCCUAGAGCGCAAAACCAAAACUCGAUUCUCGACGAAUGCAUUGACAUCCAAAACGGAAUCCAGGAUGUUGAGAACAAGCUUGGGGCGCUUUCCGGGCUCCAGAGAAGGGCCUUGGACGAUGCCGAUACCUCAGGGGGUUCCAACACGAAGCGCGAGCUGGACAACCUGACGCAGGCUAUCAUGGACCAGUACAGGGCCUUAACAGAUCGGCUGAAGAAGGUCAAGUCGAAUCCCGAUAGCCGCCAACCGCGAAAUGUUGCCCAGGUCAACAAGACGGACCGAGACCUUCGCAGAGCGAUUCAGAGGUUCCAGGAGCUCGAGGCUGCAUCCCGGAAGGAACUACACGCUCAAGCGGAACGCCAGGCGCGGAUUGUACACCCUGAUGCCACCGACGCCGAAAUCGCUCAAAUGGUCGACAAUGAAGCCCCCGUUUUUCAGCAAGCGGUCAUGGGCAGCAGGGCGGAACACGCCAACCGCGUGCUCGGGGCCGUUAAGCAGCGCCACCAGGACAUGCUGGCGAUUGAGAAGAAGUUAAUGGAGCUUCUGAACCUGCUCGACGACAUGCAGGAGCUUUUAACCAAGCAGGAGGUGACGGUCAUGGCUAUUGACGCGCAUGCCGAAUCUGCCGCCGAAGAAAUGGUCAAGGCGAACACGGAGCUUGAGACCACGGUGGCAACGGCGAGGUCGACUCGGAAAAAGAAGUGGAUCUGCUUGGGCAUAUGUGUUACCAUUGUUCUCAUCAUCGUGAUUGCUGUCGUCGCCUACAUCCUGGUCAACCGCGCUGCAAGUGGCGGUGGUGGUGGCAACAAUAACAACAACGGCAACACAAACGGCGGCACCAAUGGAAACACCGAUGGUACCAACAGCAAUUCUGGCUCCAACGCCGGCACAAAUACUGGUACCGGGACUGAUACGAGCAACACCGGCAGCACAGCAGGCCAAAAGCGCGGUGUCUUACAGCGAAACCUCCUUGCCGAUCUCCAAAUGAACACCGCUCGCGCCCCCAAGAUUCAUUCCGACAUCAUCCCUUCUAACCGGUUUGCUGGAAGGAGGGGGCUCAGCAACCGUGAAGCUGAGGCUGCGGCUAAGAAGCGGUUUGUGGUUGAUUGGCAACGGCCCGACGACGUACAGUCUAACGAUUGA